AUGGCUUCUACAGGUGGGUUGACACGUCGGAGAGGGGGGGCUACUGUACAUGAAGAUGGCGACGAGUCUCCCAGCAGCAGGGUGGCAUCGCCUGCUCCAAAACAACAACAGCCGGAAAGAGGGGUUGAGACUAGUUACAGUAAUGGCGAGAAUGGGCACAAGAUCGCAUUUGACCCCCGAGACAUCAGUGAGAGUGUGGAGAGGGGUAAACAGCCAAAGUUGACGCUCAUGGAGGAGAUACUAUUGCUGGGCUUGAAGGAUAAACAGGGAUAUCUAUCGUUCUGGAAUGACAACAUUUCCUACGCGCUUCGGGGCUGCAUUGUCAUCGAACUCGCUUUCAGAGGUCGAGUGAGCAUGCAAAAAGAUUCCUCAAGAAGGAGGUUUCCCCUGUCAGACCGAAUAAUCGAAGUAAUCGACGACACAUUGACUGGAGAGGUAUUGCUGGACGAAGCUCUUAAAAUGAUGAAGUCGAGUGAGAAAAUGAGCGUCAGUUCGUGGAUAGAUCUCAUGAGUGGAGAAACAUGGAACCUCAUGAAAAUCGGGUACCAACUGAAACAGGUGCGAGAGCGUCUCGCCAAAGGCCUAGUAGAUAAAGGUAUUCUGCGUACCGAAAAGCGCAACUUCCUCCUCUUCGACAUGGCCACCCACCCCGUUGUCGACGCCGCCGCAAAAGAUGAGAUCCGCAAACGCGUUCGUAACGUCUGUUCAAACCGUACUGUUGUUCUCCCCCCAUCGCAAUUCCUCCCCGAAGAACUCGAAUUCAGAUAUCUGAGGACCAUCAGCAUGGUGUGUGCGUCUUAUGCAGCAAAUGUGCUGGAGAAUGCGCUGGUGACCAUGAGUCAUGAGGCGAGAGAGAGAGCAUUCGCUCAAGUUGAUGAGCUAUUAGCGGAGUACAGUCAAUGGCCUUUUGGGAAGAGAGCUGGUGGGCAGCAAGGAAUAGGAACCAAUAUUGGGCAGGCUAUUGCCGAGGAGGUUGAACGGGGCAAGGACAAGGAAUUACAGCUUGAGGUUGUUGCUGCAUGUUUGAGCGUUUUUACCAGGCUUGAUUCUCUACUCUGA